UCGUUUCGUGCUUGGCUUGCAGUUCGUGCUACGAGUACUGCAAGGUACGUUCAUGCAUCCAGAGCAUCCAGAGCUUUGAGAGGAGCCACCUAUCCAGAAGCAACAAGGCUCACAAAACGAAAGCUCCAAAGCAAUCAAUCAAUCAAUCAAAGAAACAAGUAAACAACCCUUCAUAUCAACCAUGAGCAACAAUAACACUACAGCAGUCAGCAUGGGAGCACCAGUGGACAACCUCAAGAAUGUCAAACAAGGCCACUCUUUCCUGGGCUGUCUCUGUGACAUGAGGAGAGCAGUCAUCAUGCUGGACACUCUGGGCUUCAUUUUAAGUAUCAUUGGCCUUGUGGCUGUCCUUAUAUAUGAUAAGUAUGGAACUGAAGAAGAUAAGAAGCUUCUCAUGCUUGAAAACUACGACUUUGGGGCUCUUAUUGCCAUUUACAGUGCUGUCAUCAUCGCCCACUUGAGUGGAAUCAUUGGUUCCCUGACAUUCACCAUUUGUCCUAUUUUGAUCACCAUUGGAAUGAACAUUACCUAUGCUGUUCUUUCUGGCUUGGACAAGAACUGGGUUAGUCUUGGGGUCUACAUCUUCCUCCUGUAUCCACAUGUUGUCUUGUGCAAUGAGCUUGCCAGGGGUAUCAUGACCAAGGAAAACUACCGCAGCCAAGAACGCCAGUCUUGUUGUUGUGUGUAGGGUGGGUAGUGAAGCACUGCAUGCAUGUCAAAUAGAAGUGAAACAGUAAUAAAAACUAGAGAUACAAUGUUAGAGAACCU